CGGGGGGGCGGCCGUGGUGCUGGAGGAGCCCGCUGCGGGGGAUGGCCUGAGGCGCGGUCCUGUCGGGCAGGAUGCGCGGGGGCUGCGCGGCGGCGGUGGCUGUUCCCUGGCUGGCCCUGCUGGCCUUGGCCCGGCAGCCCCCCGAGAAGCCGUCGGCCGCCCCCCAUCUCACCCGCCGGCCCUUCCUGGUGGCCUGGAAUGUGCCCACCCAGGACUGCAAACCGCGCUUCCAGGUGUCGUUCGACUUUAGCAUCUUCGACCUGGACGCCUCCCCCAACGAGGGCUUCGUGGGGCAGAACCUCACCAUCUUCUACAAGGAACGCCUGGGACUCUACCCCUACUACACCCGUCAAGGUGUGGCCGUCAAUGGUGGUGUCCCCCAAAACAGCAGCCUGUCCGAGCACCUCGCCCGCCUCCAGGAGGGCAUCGAGAAAUACAUCCGCUCAUCCACCAAAGAAGGGCUGGCCGUCAUCGACUGGGAGGAGUGGCGGCCUGUCUGGGCUCGCAACUGGAAGCCCAAGGAUAUCUACCGGGAGGCGUCACAGGGACUGGUGAUACAGCGACAUCCCACCUGGCCCCCUGAGAAGGUGAACAAGCAGGCAGCGUUUGAGUUUGAGUCGGCUGCCCAGGAGUUCAUGGUCAAAACCCUGCGCAAGGCCAAGAGCUUCCGACCCAAACAGCUCUGGGGGUUCUACCUCUUCCCUGACUGCUACAACCACGACUACAGCAAGAACAAGGAGAGCUACACCGGGCAGUGCCCAGAUGUGGAGAAGUCUCGCAACGACCAGCUGAAGUGGCUCUGGAAGGAGAGCAUGGCGCUCUACCCCUCCAUCUACCUCGACGCGCUCCUGGACUCCACUCCUAACAGCCGCAAGUUUGUGCGGGCGCGGGUGAUGGAGGCCAUGCGCAUCUCGCAGAAGCACCACGAUGACUACUCCCUGCCCGUCUUCGUCUACACCCGACCCACCUACAUCCGCAAGCUGAAUGUGCUCAGCCAGGCGGACCUGAUCUCCACCAUCGGGGAGAGCGCGGCACUGGGUGCAGCUGGGGCCAUUCUGUGGGGUGACGCCGUUGACACCAAAAACCGGGAGUUGUGCCAGUUAAUGAAAAACUACCUGGAGGGGGACCUGGGACGCUACGUUGUGAAUGUCACGACAGCAGCGGAGCUCUGCAGCACGACGCUGUGCCAGGGCCGGGGUCGCUGCCUGCGCCAGGACAGCCAUGCCGAUGUCUUUCUCCACCUCAACUCUACAAACUUCCAGCUGCGGCGCCGGGAUGCUGACCACUCCGAGGGCCCCCUCUUCUGGGCCGAGGGCCAGCUCUCCUCUGCUGACAUACUCUUCCUACGGACCCACUUUCACUGCCACUGCUACCAGGGCUGGCAGGGCAGUGGCUGCCAGACACGUGCUGGCCCCCGCAGUCAUGCCCCUGGCCCUUUGGCACCGCUGGGACUUGGGGUGCUGUUGCUGCUUGCAAGCUGGUGCUACCCGCCCCUGGACUGAGCUGCCCCUUUCCGUGGCGGUGUAGGAGGAGCCUAUUUAAGAUAUCCCUACCCUGCCUGGGAGGCAGCUAAUUAUGGAGGGCUGUCCCUCACUGUGGCGCUGUGGGGGAAGCGCUCUGCGGUUGCCCCAUCUCUACCCACGCUGCUGCAGUGCAGGUGCCCUUCAUGGGGAUGGGGGGAGGAGGGGGACCCCUCUCCUGUUGUAAGGAGAGGGAUGGGGGCAAGAGGGACACGGGGGCGGGGAGGGGGUGCUGCGUGGUGCUGAUCCCCCGUGUGCUGCCCCACACUGAAGUGCUUUACCUCGAAUAAAGCUGGGUCAGACAGAAA